AUGCACGGCAAAGCCCUUUUUGGGCGCGAACUGACCGAAGUAUCGAGUUCAGCCGCCAGCCUCCUAGAAACACGGCCAGUAAAGAACGGACAUGUUGUAUCCCUACCACAGUCUACGAUGUUUCAAGACUUCUUGAGACAUGCCCGACUUCUACUCCCAAACUCUCUUUUUUGUCGGGGAAUGUACCGGAGGAUACCAGUGGAGCGACCGAAGGUGGCUUCAUAUCAGAGUCGACGCAUGGCAGCCAUGAUCAGCCUUCUUCAUGUAGUCCCUCUAGCAGGAGCUUUCACCUUACUAGCCCUCUACUGGACCAAAAGUUGGGUGGGUGGAACCUCAGACAACGCAACAACCCUACAAAUCAUAGCCAAGGCCCAUGAGCUUGUCAUGCAGGCAUCAAUUAUUGAUGUACUCCUAUACACAAUACGAGUCCAAGCGCUUGAGGGGUUUCUGCCAUUCGGUGCGCUAGCUGGAGCCGCACACGCCCCUCGAUUAUCCUAUCUAUGGUCGCUGGACUUUGUCUCUGCCAUCUUAUCUCCUAGCUACAGUGUGUGGCGUAAGAUCAUGUUUGCUUUGUCGGUGUCAGUUUUAACUCUCAUAACCGCAACUGUUGGUCCUUCAUCCGCUAUUCUGAUUAUUCCACGACCGGGGUUGCCGCACAGAAGCCACCCUACCACCCGCUACCUGAACACCUCGGAAGCGGGUCUGUUUCCAGAUUAUAUAGACAGGACCCAGAACUUGACCUUUAACGACUACGAAACUGUCAAGAAGAUGGAGCAAAGAAAGGGCAGCGUUAGUGCCUCGGAAUCGCAAAACCAGUUGCAGUACUUUGUGCCUGACAUCUCAAAAAAGGCCCAAAGAGUGACUCUUCACUUGGAUCUUAGGGUUUCUCAAACGAAUACGUCUGCGGGUAAUUGGUCCAUCAUGUCAAUGCCCACAAUGUUGAGCAGCCUACAACUGCAAAACUACGGCUCAAUACCAGGCAACUGGAUUCUCGAAACAACCCAGCCUGUGGUCAUGGUCUCGUGCACAUUGAACAACAGCACGGACAAGAUCCAGUAUUUUCCCAGAAACGGGUCCCCGAGAAUCCUUCCCAACGCGGCCGACCUGUACGCCAAGCUGCUAAAUAAGACGGGACUUCCUGAUAAUCCAGAUAUUCAUCCAUCCCAUUGGCUAUCAAUGCCAGAUGAUCCAACCUCGCUUCUUGGGUUAUUUUACUUGACGCACGGGACCGCGCCGCCCGACGUUAUGACCUGCAUUGUCUCGCCAUUCUGGUGGACGGUAAAAACUUCAUUCUGUGCCAGCAAUAUGGGCGACGUUAUACAGACUGAAUGGCCCCAGAUAAAUAUGCUUACGACGAAAGCCAAUCUGAGGCCAAUCACCAUUGAUGUCGAGGGUGUAGCCGCGCUCUAUUCGAUCGAUUUCUCAAAGUGGAUGUGGAGUACCUCCGACUUGGACGCAGCAGUAUCCAUGCAAGCUCUCUUUCUCGCUGAGCUAGCGCGAUAUCCUGGUCGCUCCAUCGAAAGCGAGCUUGGUAUUGAUCAUGAUCUCGUUAUCGGACAAAGCGAGCCGAGUAAGGGCAGAUCGUCUUCUUCCAUGUUCUUCAAGGUCGAAUCAUGCGUACUCGGCUUUGGUUACGGCUCUACCCAAGUGUCAUUUCAACUCGCAGUCGCAGUCAUCGUCACAUACUGCGUAGUCACCCUCACAUACCUCACUUACAUCAACGUGACCGGCCAUACAUCCUUGGCCUGGAACUCGGCCACGGAACUCAUCAUGCUAGCGCUCCAGUCUAGGAAUCCGGGUGAUCUUGGACAUAUCUCGGUUGGCCUCGACUCAAUGGAGACGUUUCGCAAAAAUGUGGGCAUCAGAGUGGCCACUGUCAGCGUUGGGGAAACAGGGGAGACAGAGGAGAGAUUGGAGUUGGUGUUUGAGCACGACAAAGAGAAUGAAAAGAAGGGUUUGAAGAAGCUUGAGCGGAACAAGGCAUACUAA